UGAAACACCAAUCCACCCACGAGAAGCGCCAUCGUUUAGUUCCUGCCGGUGGCAUUAGCGGGGAACAUCUGAAUAUGGAGGCAAAUUCAGUUAUUCAUAAACCCAAAAGGCAGAAACUGAAUGAAAAACAAGGCAUUGAGGGGCAAAGCAAAUGCUUUGGUAACUUACCAGAUGUGGUUCUUCGACACAUUCUUUCCUUUCUUCCCAUAAAAGAUGCUGUUAGAACGAGUGUACUUUCUAAAAGGUGGGAAUUCCUUUGGACUUCUAAUCCCAAUCUUAAUUUUGGAGAAGCUGUGCCUGGUAUGAGAAGAAUGCUCAUGUAUUUUGUGGAAAGAGUGCUUUAUCUUCGGGGAUCGUCUGAUAUAAAAGAAUUUCUUCUCGAUUUUGAUGUGGAAUGUGAUGCAUCUCUUGUCAAGUCAUGGAUCACUGCUGCAGUAAGGCGUAAUGUUCAAACUUUGAGUCUCUGCCUUUGGGACUUGAGACGACAUUUUUCCUUGCCUCCUUGUGUGUUUAGUUGUAAGACACUGAGAAGCUUCUUCCUUGAUAUGCCGUCUAUCCUCAAAAUUCCUUCUAGAAUCUGUUUCUCAAAUCUAGAGAUACUGAGUAUCACAGGUGUUACAUUUUUGGAUGGUAACACAACGCAGCAGCUUUUUUCUGGUCUGCCAGCCCUUGAAGUGUUGUAUUUAGAGAAUUGCAGAUGGGGGUGUCGCAAAGUUCUGAGUAUUUCUGCCCCCAAGCUUCAUUCUUUAACCAUAAUCGAAGCUCAUAUGCAGGAUCCGAGUGAUUGUCAGUUCAAGAUUUUGGGAGCUACUCUUAAAUGUUUUCUUUACACUGGUGAAUUCUUCAACGAAUAUUGCUUUUAUGACUCGUUCUCACUAGAAAGGGCAGAUUUUGAUGUUGUUUGCUGUGGUAAGUGGGCAAGUAAUGAGAGGGCAAGACAAGUUGCUUACCGCAUGUUUAAGGUGCUUUUAUCGAUCCCUAAUGUAAAAGACCUAAGACUAUAUGGUAUUGGAUAUGAGGUUUUAGCAUAUGCACCAGAACUCCUACCUAAGAUGCCUAUCUUCAAUAAUCUGUGGUAUUUGAAAUUGGGGACAUUAAAUCUUGAAUGUGCAGCACUAUUGAAGAUAUUGCAAAAUUCUCCCUGUCUUGAGACUCUAAAAUUUUUUGAGAUCGAUCCGAUUUCCAAUUGUGAGAAAGUUGAUCUAAUAUUGGAUCCAGCCACUUCAUGUUUCUUGUCUCAUCUCACGCGCAUUAAAUUUUGUCGUUAUGAUGGAAAGGACUUUAAUGCAGUAAAGAUUUUGCUCAAGAAGGCAAUUGCUUUGGAUGAAAUAGUUAUAUCUUUUGAAAAGUCUGUUGAAAAGAACUUAGAGAUGCAAGAAAAUCUCCUCAAACAGUUGAUAAAGCUCCCUAAAGGGUCAGAAAAUUGUGAAAUCACUUUGAAAUGAGCUUUUCUUGAACUCUUGCUCUAAAAAAAGCCAUUAAUUAAUUUCUGUAAUGGCUUGUUAGCAUUUUACCCUACCUAGGCAACUUGCUGUAAUAGAAUGUUGGUUUAUGUUAUUUGUGAUAAUUAGUUUUGAA